UUUUCAAUUUUCAUUAUAUCUCAGCGUUAUUUUCUCAAAUUUCAAAUUUAUCGAGUCUCUACCAUUCCCCUUUUACAAACACCAAAUAUAUACGCGCGCGAGUACGAUUAGUACAUAGAUACAAAUAUAUAUACGUAUGCCCCUUAUAUGUGCGUGAUGUAUCUUUCUUCGAAGAGAUGGUUGAUCGGAAUAUACUAGGAUUUUAAACCCUAACUUUAUUUUUUUCAAGUUUCAUUUCUAUAUCUCGAUCCAUGUUCAGCCAGGCAGAUUCUGGCUGGAUUAGGCGGUAGAGGAAGAGAAGGCUGCAACAUUUCUCGAGGGAUUUGGAGUUUUUAGUAUAUCGGGAUUGGGGGCAAACGUGUGGUUAAUUUCUGUUCUUUAGCAUUGGAUUUUGGUGGGAUUAGGGCAUGGAUUCAGAUUGAGCUGGAUCAAUCAACUGAAUUUUAGCUUGAAUGUUAGAUUGACUUGGGUACGUGUUGAAUAAGCUCAAUGAAUUGUGAGAGUUAGAGUUUAGGAAGAUUUAAAUUGGUGUGUUUGACUUGAGUUAUUUGUUCUGUUUGGUGUAUGCAUGGUUAAAUCAGUUUGCUGCAAGGUUAGAGAAAUUUGUACGGUUUAGAGUGUGGUGUUUGCUUUUAAGGGAAGUUGGAUUAGAUUUCAUUGGGAGCUGCAGAAUGAGCUCACAAGAUGAGGAUAGAAGGUCCUUGGACAAGGAUCCUGAAACUCAUGACGAUGUUUCUACGAAACCAAAAAUAUCAUAUUCAAGAGAGUUUCUACUGUCGAUCAGCAAUUCGGAUAUCUGCAAGAAGUCACCGAGCGGGUUUGAUGAAUCACUGCGUAUAUGGGGAGAAGAACUGCUGAGACUACCCGAUCGAACAAGCAUACCUGGGAGGUUGCCAUACCAAGGUUUCAGAAGAAAUGAGUAUUCCUCAUCACCUCCUACUCGGGGGGAUACUAGUACCUACUCUAGAGGCAUUUAUGGGAAAUGGGAUAGUCGUUCUUCUGUUCGGAGUGAUCGAGACAGCGAUUCUCAGUCUGACAAGGACUCAGAUUCUGGGAAACGUUUUGGAAAUCAUUCUCGACAUUCUUGGCAGACUCCUGAGCAUGAUGGGCUUCUUGGGAGUGGUUCAUUUCCAAGACCAUCUGGAUAUGCUGCUGGGAUCUCUGCUGCUAAGGUGCGGCCAAAUGAGCAAACUCAACUAAGCAGAAGCGUUGAGCCCUAUCAUCCUCCUCGCCCUUACAAGGCAGUACCCCAUUCAAGAAAGGAUACUGACGCCUUCAAUGAUGAGACUUUUGGCUCAAUCGAGUCUACCAAUGAUGAUAGAGCAGAGCAGGAGAGAAGGCGAAGAGCUUCUUUUGAGAUGAUGAGAAAGGAACAGCAUAAGGCUCUACAAGAGAAACAAAAUUCUAAUUCGAGGAAUAGCAAAGUCGGUGAUGUCUUAAGCCUCUGUGAAGGCUUGGUAGCUAGCAAAGAGGAAAAGGAGCUUUUUGCCAGGAAUAAUGAAUUAGAAAUUUCCGCUGUAACUCCUGCCGUAAGCAAUGACUCAGAAAAAUCAUCUUUAUCUUCACAAGCUCCUGCAUCAAGACCGCUUGUUCCACCAGGAUUUAAAACCAACCCUCUUGAAAAAAGCUCUGGCUUGAAAUCGUUGAUUCAUUCAUCUCUAUCAGAGGUGUCGAAGUCUGUAACAACUGAGAGCAGUACGGUUGCUGACCCCAACCUCAUUCAAAAUGCAAAUCAUGGUACAGAGAGUUGUCUCUCUGAAGAAAUCAGUGUAUUUGGCAGACAGCCCGCAGAGAAGAUACAGCACACAAUCCUAUUUAAUAAGGGGGAACAUGUUAAUGCACAUAUUGGUUUAGACGGGCCCAAGCAAGCUGUCUUAGAAAAUCAAUUAUUCCGCAAUUUUAGUCCCUUGCAGAUUCAUGGAACACCGGAUGAUCCCAAUUUUACCAAACUCAAUGAUGAUGGACUGGAGGAUGAAACGCUUCGUGAUUCUAGCAUAAGUCACUCAACAUUAAUUUUAGAAAAGAUAUUUGGUAGCACUUCAUCUGCAAAUAGCGAUAGCCAUUCCAAUUCAGUUGAGCUUCACAAUAAUAGACCUGAUGAUACAUGGAGCCCAAAGGCUGCUCACUCGUCAAAGUUUGCUCAGUGGUUUUCUGAGGAAGAAGCCAAGGCUGCUGCUGAUGUCUCAUCUGCAGGGAAAAACGAUUUACUGUCAUUAAUAGUCGGCAGUGAUAAAGCUGCAGCUAAUGGGAUAUCUGAUCAAGCAUGCAGUAACAACAAAGUGGAUGCUGUUCCAGCUGUUCUUACAUGUGAAGACCUCGAACAAUCUAUCUUGUCAAAAUAUGGUCCAAUGAACACACAGCCACACUUGAAAAGCUUUACCACUGCCGAAGGAGAUAUUGCACAAUCAAGCGGACAGGCUGAUAAUCACACAUCUCUACACCUGCUCUCAAUGUUGCAAAAGAGUUCAGAUCAGAUUAAUACAGUUGUAAACCCGAGUAAUAUCAAUUUGGCCGACAAACAAGUAGAUUCUCAGGAAAAUGAUAGGACCACAGUGGUGACUGAGCCUAAAGAGGAAGAAAAUGGUAAUCUGGGGAAGACACUCACUCUGGAAGCUCUCUUUGGAACUGCUUUCAUGAAGGAGCUAGAGUCAGUUGGAGCCCCUGUUUCUGUCCAAAGAGGCUCAACUGACUCUGCUCGAGUUGAUGCCCCAGGGCCUCAUGCAUUUCCUUUUCCAGUCAAAGACAAUGAUACUCGCGAUCCCAGGUUGCUUCAAAUGAUUCCAGUUGGUAAUUCAAUUAACAGUGUAAACAGUUCUUCAAUUACGCCUAUCAACAUAGCAGAGAAAUUGGCAGUUUUAGGUGGUAUUAUUAAAGACAAGCAUAGCAUGGGAGGUUCAGAAGGCACACCCUUUCCACAUGGCUCGCAUGAACAAAGGGGACCUGAUAUUUCUUAUUCAAAUCUCCAGUUGCAGCAGCAAUCAUCACAACAUUUUCAGCCUCCACAUAAUACCCAACCUAGGUCAUUGUAUCAUCACUUGGAAUCACAUCCUGCUCACAUGAGCUCACACCUGAAAUUCAUGAGUCCAGAGCGAACUUUUGGUCACGAUUCUCCAGUCAAUCAUCAACCCUCUUCACCUAUGAUUCGGCCGUCUUUCCAUCACAACCCCAACGUUAGGGUUUCUGGAUUUGACGUUCCUCCUCCACAACACCCAAUGUUGCAUCAGAUGCAAAUGACAGGCAACCAUCCUCAGUUUGGGAGGGGUGGUUCAGUCCCCCAUCAUGGAAACCAACCAACUGGUUUUGUCCAGGAAAUGAAUCAAACACAAGGUUUCCCCUUUGGGUCCCGCUUACCAAAUAUUGGCGGUAAUGGAGUGCCAAUGCCAGGUGGGACCCCUCCCGAUGCGUUCCAGAGGUUAAUAAACAUGGAGCUCCGAGCAAAUUCGAAGCAGAUUCACCCUUUUGGCUCUCCUGGUCACAACCAAGGAAUAUACAGCCAUGAGCUAGACCUGGAGUCGAGAUACCGAUAGUCAGUUGCAAUUACACUUGGAAGUUAGAAGAAAAUGCGAUCUCGUCUCUGUGAUAAGAUCAAGCAUAUCUCAUUGACUUGUUCUGUGGAAUGUAGAGUUUAGCUUCACUGUGAUUCCAGGUCCUCAAUCAGAUUAUGGUAGAACCAUGUAAAAGGGUUGUUUCCUGACUUGGCUGUGAUCUCUGGUUUAGUUUCCUUAGCAUGUGACAGUGUAUGCUAAUGCUGUUGAAAUUAGGCUAUGUUUAAAAGGGUAGAGACUUCCCAGGUUGCUCAAUAUCAGUGUAUUUACACAUACUCACUUUCUCCCAACAUCUUAUAUAUAUUCCAAUUGUGUCCAA